AGGCUUAACGUUAAUAAGGUUUAGCUUGUUUUUAACAACAGAUUAAUGAUAUUUUGUGACUAAUUUGGGAAGUGAUCUGUUAGCUGAGCGGCUAGGCUAGCUAUCCUAGCUCUCGAGCUAAAUGUUUUGAAUCGCAGUUAGCUGGCAAGAUAGCUAUUUUUGUUUACAAACCGUCGUUUUUUUUAAAUUAAAUAUGUGCACAAACACGGGACUACUAGUGGAAAAUCUGAUUAACUUCCUCGCAUUUGUUGAUAUAACGAUAAGUAGCUAGUUUAACGGAACUGGAUAGGAUGUCUUUCAGGUGAGCAAGAGGACUGGACCUGCUGUGCAUUGUACAUUUUUCACCGAGGAGUUUUGGGAAUAUACACAGAAACCAUUAGGACAGUCAAAGAGAAUGGCAAUGAGGUUUCCCCCUCUCAGAGGAAGAGGUUUUAGUUUUAGAUUUUCUGUUAGUGAGAAGUUAGGAUGAGAUCACCAAUCUUGGCAUCUCAACAUUUACAACACACGCGUUCACUGGAAAACUGGAUUCCCCUAAAACUCAUCACUGAACACUUGUGAUAUAUGCAAGCAAGCAUUUUGAGCAGAUUACUUUGUUAGCAGCAGUACAGGAUUCAAAUAGUUUGAAUCAAAGCAAGAGCUAAAGCAAUAUUGAACAGUUAGAUCCUUAUAUCUGUCUGCCUGAUGGGACUAGAGCUGAGAAUUAAUUGCAUCUUGAUAUAAUGAAUUAAGGACUUUGCACUGAAUACAGACAAAAAAAAUUGUUCUAAUAGUAAUGUGUCCAUUUAAUGUAAAGAUUAUCUUUCUCUGAUUUAUGUCCACAAAUGAACUGGAAUUUCUUGGAUCGCUUUAAACUGGAAGUCUGGAAUCAACUGGAUUGACCCUUAUGUGUUAGUUUUAUGAUGCUUACACUAAAUUAACCAAAGCCCUUCCCAUUCGGAUGUAAAACGGCUGUUGUCAGAGAGGAGUGACGGACACCAGGAGCCGUGACAGAACCGUCAGCUGUUACACUUUUUUCUAGCUUGGACACGUUUGCUCAGGACACUUUAAGGAAUGGCGGGAAAGGACUACCACCACCUCUUCAAACUCCUCAUCAUUGGUGACUCCAAUGUUGGGAAGAGCAGUCUUCUUCUGCGAUUUGCAGACAACUCUUUUUCUGGUAGUUAUAUAACCACUAUUGGUGUAGACUUUAAAAUUCGGACGGUGGAGAUAGAUGGAGAGAGAGUAAAACUCCAAAUCUGGGACACAGCAGGCCAGGAGAGAUUCCGCACCAUCACUUCCACGUAUUACCGGAACACCCAUGGGGUCAUUAUUGUGUACGAUGUCACAAAUCAAGAAUCGUUUGUUAACGUUAAGAGGUGGUUGAACGAAAUCUCCCAGAACUGUGAUAAUGUCUGUAAAAUUUUAGUUGGGAACAAAAAUGAUGAUCCCUCCAAGAAGCAAGUGGACACCCAGGAUGCUUUGCGUUUUGGUGAAUCAGUGGGCGUCAGAGUAUUCGAGACCAGCGCAAAAGAAAAUGUCAACGUGGAAGAGAUGUUUAUGGCCUUUACCUAUAUGGUCCUGCGCGCAAAAAAACAGAGCCAGAGCCGAGCAGAGAAGGAGCGAGAGAGGGAGAAGGACACGGUUCACAUCAACGCUCACAGGGACCGUGAGCGGAGAAAGAGAGGAAAGAAGUGCUGUUGAGAGAGCCACAUGCAGCACCUGCAGGCAGCCAGUGCAGAUUACAGGAAAUAAAAAAUAAAUAAAUAGUUUUGCUUAACUUUGCACUGAGAAGGGGGACAGGGAGGGACUGGACUGCCACUGUUAAGUGUGAUAAUGUAUAGGGUGUUGUUUUGUUCUUUUUAUAAAGAUCUCUGUCAAUGUAAUUAUUACUAAAAUGGAUUUGACAGCCCAGAAUAUUACAUAGUCAUUAGAAGUCUAAUCAUGGAAAGACACUAACAGUCCUAAAGUGUUAUGUGGUGAUUUGAAUAUGAGAACAUUGGUUUUAUGUCAAAUGACAAAAGAUGUGUUGGUGAGCCAAGUAAUUUGUUCACAUUAAUCAUUUGAAAUGAAAUAAAAAUUUAAGGUGCACUGUAA